GGGCCGGACAAAAACCAAGGCAAAGUCAUAAAAAGUGUGGAUGAUAACCGAAGUACAAAUCUACACACACAUGACUACUAGUCCUCUUGCUUGCACUUGCACCUCCCUUUGUGUCUAUCUUAUAUAUACCGCGUGCUAAACGCCCCCUUUACUAUUCCUCUCUCUCUCUCAACAAAGACGCUUUCAAUCUCUCUCUAUCUCUCUCUGUAUCUUUAUCUCUAUCUCUCUCUCCCCCUAUCUCUCCCUCCCUCAUCCCAAUCCAAUCAUACAUACACACAACACAUACUCAUAUACAUACACCCUUUCGAUUCAACUUGGCGGAUUCAUCGAUGAUGAGGGGCUAAGGUUAGGAGGCAACUAGGGUUCUUUGGAAUUGAAUGAGUAAAGUGGGUCCAGGUGUUGCUGGUGUGUGUUUGUAUACUAAUUCUGUAUCUAUAGUUAGUUUUGAAGAGAGUAGAGAGAAGUUUACAAGGAAUAGUGGGCUUGUUAUUCGAAGUCGCUGUCGAUGGGGGAAAUGCGGAUGAUUUGCUAGAUACUUUGCUCAACUUGUUGGAUUUUUAGUUUUUUAUUCUAGUAACUUUAUUUAUCGAUACAUAAUUUGAGUUCCGGCGUUGUGAAUUAUGCUGCAGAAUCAGCGCAAGAAGAAUACAAAAGAGUUGGACUUCUUCACUGAAUACGGGGAGGCCAACCGGUACAAAAUUUUGGAAAUUAUAGGGAAGGGAAGCUAUGGGGUUGUCUGCGCCGCCAUUGAUACACAUACUGGUGAAAAAGUGGCCAUAAAAAAAAUUAAUAACAUAUUUGAACAUGUUUCUGAUGCUAUUCGGAUUUUGCGGGAGAUUAAAUUGCUAAGGCUAUUACGACAUCCUGAUAUUGUUGAAAUUAGACGGAUCAUGGUCCCACCCUCAAGUCGAGACUUUAAGGACAUAUAUGUCGUUUUUGAGCUCAUGGAAUCUGACCUUCAUCAAGUUAUUAAAGCCAAUGAUGAUUUGACUCGUGAGCACCAUCGGUUUUUCCUGUAUCAGAUGCUACGUGCAUUGAAAUUUAUGCAUACAGCUAAUGUGUACCAUCGAGACCUAAAACCAAAAAAUAUUUUGGCCAAUGCUAAUUGUAAGCUCAAAAUAUGCGAUUUUGGACUAGCAAGAGUUGCUUUCAAUGACACUCCAACAACUGUAUUCUGGACGGAUUACAUUGCUACAAGAUGGUAUAGGGCUCCAGAGCUUUGCGGAUCAUUCCUCUCUAAGUAUACCCCUGCUAUUGACAUAUGGAGUAUUGGCUGCAUCUUUGCGGAGAUAUUGACAGGAAAGCCAUUGUUUCCCGGGAAAAGUGUCGUUCAUCAACUGGAUCUGAUCACCGAUCUUCUUGGGUCACCUUCAACGGAUACCAUUUCUGGAGUUCGAAAUGAGAAAGCAAGAAAGUACUUGAUAGAUAUGCGUAAAAAGCAGCCUGUCGUAUUUGCUGAGAAAUUUGCAAACUCGGACCCUCUUGCAAUACGUUUGUUGCAAAGACUGUUGGCUUUUGAUCCAAAGGAUCGGCCAACUGCUGAACAGGCACUGGCUGAUCCAUAUUUUAAUGGCCUGGCAAAAGUUGAGCGGGAGCCUUCUUCUCAGCCUAUUUCCAAUGAUGAGUUUGCAUUUGAAAGUCGCAAAAUGAAAAAGGAGGACAUCAGAGCAAUCAUAUAUCGUGAGAUUUUAGAGUACCAUCCCCAAUUGCUUAAAGAUUACAUGGCACAGAAAGAAAGCACCAAUGUUUUAUAUCCUAGUGCUGUUGGUCAAUUUAAGAAGCAGUUUGCUUAUCUAGCUGACAACGGUGGAAAGAGUGGGCCUGUUACAGAUAGAAAACAUGCAUCUGUCCCGCGGUCUGCAGUCAACUCGCGUUCAAUACCUCCUAAACCACAGCAAACUUUGGUUCCUUCCGACAAUCGUCGAAUAGCAGAGGUAUCAUGUAACAGUACUAAAGGUACAAAUUCUAUUCCGGGGAAUCUGCCCAAAGCUUCACGGCCACCACCACGUAUUCCAACAGGAAGAGGUUCGGGACCAGUUUUGCCUUAUGAGAGUAGUAGCAGAAAUGUCAUGGGCACUUAUGUGCAUAAUUCAGUGCCUCAGUCACUUUCUCCAAAUUAUACCUUCAGGACUAACACAAGAGAUGUAGAGAAACUUACCAAAGAAGACAAAGUGGAUUCUUCUCUGGUCAAACAUGCAGUCCCACAGUCCGCGGAAGGAAAAGUUUCCCCUGGCAUCGCACCGGACAUGAAUUCUAACCCUUAUCAACAAGGUCAAUCAAGCCAAUUUAGUGACCCGAUGCAAAUAGAUUCGAAAUUGCUACAGGUGCAAUCUCAGCUCGGAGCAGUUGGAGCUGGGGCUGUAAAUUUUACAACUAGGAGUUAGUGUUCCAGUAUGUUCUUGGGUGGAAUGGCCUUGAAUGAGUGGAGCCAGGCACACAUAAUACAAGAUAGGAUGGUGGCAGGUGGGAGCUUUGCUAUCUUGUGCUAGUUUAGUUUUUUAGAGGUGUUAAAUUAUGUUUAUGUAAAGUUGCUGUAGUUGUUUUGAAUUUAUUCGAAAAGUUAAUAUUUAUUUUUCCAACCAUAGAAUUAGCCUGACCCUUUCUUCUAAUCAUAGCUAAUUAGGUAUAUCUGCACUUAUAGUAAAGAUUUUUAAAAAUUUCGAUUUGCUUGUAAAAGAAAGAUGUGUAGUACAUUUUUGGGAGAUAUCAAAGAUUCUUACAAGCCUAGUUUUACUUAUUU